AUGUUCAUUAGACUUGUGAAACCCUGUGCUUUCCCUACCGUACAUGUGAAAAAUCAUGCGGCCGCGUUGUGUAGUUCUACAAUCAGAGACGGUCCCGGCUUGAGCGAAUUCAUCCAAAACGAAAUCCCGAAAGGAGAAACAUGGGAGACCUACAAGGGGAAACUGAGGCGCGAACCCGGAGAAAAUGAACGACUCCGCCUCCCCCCAUGGCUGAAGACAGAUAUACCCCGCGGAGAAAAUUAUACCCGUCUGAAGAGUUCGUUGAGAAGCAAAAAGCUGCAUACUGUAUGCGAAGAGGCUCGGUGUCCGAAUAUGUCCACAUGUUGGUCCGGCGGUGAAAAUGAAGUCGCGACAGCCACCAUCAUGGUCCUUGGCGACACCUGCACGAGAGCUUGCCGUUUCUGUUCUGUGAAAACCUCCCGGAAUCCACCCCCGCCGGACCCAGAGGAGCCGGAGAAUACCGCAAAAGCGAUCUGCGAUUGGGGGAUCGAUUACGUUGUUCUCACAUCGGUGGAUCGGGAUGAUCUUCCCGAUGGGGGGGCCGCUCAUUUCGCGAAAACUGUUCGAGAAAUCAAGAAGCGUAAGCCGGGACUUCUCGUCGAAUGUCUGACAGGCGAUUUCGGUGGCGACCUCCGUGGCGUCGAGACUGUUGCUCAAUCCGGUCUUGACGUUUAUGCGCAUAACAUAGAGGUGGUGCCUGAACUCCAAGCCAUGAUAAGAGAUCGUAGAGCGAAUUUCACCCAGAGUAUCUCUGUUCUGAAGAAAGCCAAAAUGGCGAAGCCAACGAUACUGACCAAGACGUCGAUCAUGUUAGGGUUUGGCGAAUCAGACAAGCAAGUGAAAAACGCAAUGGACUUGUGUCGGGAAGCGGGAAUCGACUGUUUCACCCUCGGUCAGUACAUGCAGCCAACGAAACGACACGUGAAAGUUGUAGAGUACGUUCAUCCAGAUAAGUUCAAGAAAUGGAAGGAAUACGGCGAUCAGCUGGGUUUCGUUUAUACGGCCUCUGGACCACUAGUCAGGAGCAGCUACAAAGCAGGAGAAUACUUCGUCAGAAAUUACCUCCAGAAGAAGAAGAAGCUCGGAGAGAUGAAUCUCCCUUAGCGAGGACAAUCGGGUGUUGCCCUGUUAUGUACAUACGAUACUAUAUGAGAACGGCGAAUACAUUAGAGACUGUUUU